AUGACCAAAAAGACCCCCCUUCUACGAAGACCCGCUGAUAGGACCAGGUUGGAACAAUGCCGGCAAGACUCGAACCCGAGGAAGGCUUUGUUAGCGGUGGAAGCCCGACCUUGCAGUGCGGCGGUCCAUUGUGCCCUUCAAGGUGACAACACUCGAUCUCUUUAUGGCGCACUUCUAGGAGCUGUCUUUUCUCUGGGGGCACGUUCUAGUCCUCUCACGUUGCGAGAAAUAUUUCUACAAUAA